AUCGGACUAUAAGUUAUAAACAAUUAAGUCAAAUGUGGAAUUAACUUUAAUUUAAUACAAAACAGUAGGAUAUGGACAAGCAACAUCAGUAGAGGACAACUUUCACCAGUCGACUCUUGACGCCGGUAGAUGGCGUUAUUCAUUGACAGAUUCAAUCCUCGGGGGGGAAAAGUACAAACGUUUUUAUACAUGAUGAUAUGGUUGAUACAAAAAUCACUAAGCACAUAUUCAUAGACAUACUCUGAAUUUUUCUCAAGUAUAAUACAUAAAAACAUUAUAAAUACUUACACACUUACUUCUAUGUCAUUAGUGUACAGAUGUAUGUGUGACAUUACAAUAAGCAUGUGCGCUUCCUUGAACAGCAACUGUUUUACGGUUUAAUAUACGCAUCUAUAACAUACGGCCGGACAUGUGUGUAGAGCACAAAGACAGAUUCAAUGCACGCCAUGACAGAUACAGAGGACGACUAGACAGAUAAACAGGAUGAUAAUACAAAGGAAGACAGAACAGAUAAACUUCACACCCAGACAGAUACACGGGACGACCAGUCUGUGACGUGUUCUCGCAAUCACCGUUUGAUAGUGUUAGCCAAGCAAAGAUGUCAAGUUACAAAAUGCCGCUAGCAUUAUAACAAAUGAUGCAUAACACAUUACAAGUGUAGCUCCUAUGUUCACAGUUAUACUCCUGUACAUGUAAGUUUAUGCCAUGUACAUACAGGUUUAUAUCCCUACAUACAAGAGUAUCUGCUGUAUUUCCUGUAUAUUUACUUGUACAUGCUUCAAUACGUAUUCCUGUGUACUCAACAUAAAACUGUACUUCAGGUACGCAUUAUGGUACAUCCUGUAAUUCUGAUGUAUUUCAUGUAUUAACAAGCGAACUUUUUAUUCAUACAAGCGUACUUCAUGCACUUACAAUCAUGUUUCCUGAACAUCGAAGCGUGAUUCCUGUAAAUACAUUCGUGUUUCCUGAACAUACAUGCGUGUUUCCGGAAAAUACAUGCGUGUUUUUCCGGAACAUACAAUCAUGUUUUCUGAACAUACAAUCGUGAUUCGUGUACAUACAUGCGUGUUUCCUGUACAUACAAUCAUGUUUCCUGUACAUACAAUCAUGUUUCCUGAACAUACAAGCGUGAUUCCUGUAAAUACAUGCAUGUUUCCGGAACAUACAAUCAUGUUUUCUGAACAUACAAUCGUGAUUCGUGUACAUACAUGCGUGUUUCCUGUACAUACAAUCAUGUUUCCUGUACAUACAAUCAUGUUUCCUGAACAUACAAUCGUGUUUCCUGUACAUACAAUCGUGUUUCCUGAACGUACAUGCAUGUUUCCGGAACAUACAAUCAUGUUUGUUGAACAUAAAAUCGUGUGUCAUGUACAUUCAUUCGUGUUUCCUGAACCUACAUGCGUGUUUACGGAACAUACAAUCAUGUUUCCGGAACAUACAAUCGUGUUUCCUGUACAUACAAGCGAGUGUCCUGUACUUACAAGCGUAAUUCUUGUACAAACAUUCGUAUUUCCUGUACAUACAAGCGUAUUUCAUGUACAUACAUUAGUGUUUCCUGUACAUACAAGCGUGUUUCCGGAACAUACAAGCAUGUUUUCUGUACAUACAAGCGUGCGUCCUGUACAUACAAGCGUGUAUCCUGUACAUACAAACGUGCGUCCUGUACAUACAAGCGUGAUUCUUGUACAUACAUUCGUGGUUCCUGUACAUACAAGCGUAUUUCCUGUACAUACAAGCGUGGUUCCGGAACAUACAGGCAUGUUUUCUGUACAUACAUACGUGUUUGCUGCACUGACAAGCGUGUUUCCGGAACAUACACGCAUGUUUUCUGUACAUACAAGCGUGCGUCCUGUACAUACAAGCGUGAUUCCUGUACAUACAAGCGUAUUUCCUGUACAUAUAUGCGUGCGUCAUGUACAUACAAGCGUGCGUCCUGUACAUACAAGCGUGCGUCCUGAACAUACAAGCGUGUGUCAUGUACUGUACAUACAAGCGUGUAUCCUGUACAUACAAGCGUGCGUCCUGUACAUAAAAGCGUGCGUCCUGUACAUACAAGCGUGUAUCCGGAACAUACACGCAUGUUUUCUGUACAUACACGCGUGCGUCCUGUACAUACAAGCGUGAUUCCUGUACAUAAAAGCGUGCGUCCUGUACAUACAAGCGUGUAUCCUGCACAUACAAGCGUGCGUUCUGUACAUACAAGCGUGCGUCCUGUACAUACAAGCGUGAUUCCUGUACAUACAAGCGUGCGUCCUGUACAUACAAGCGUGUAUCCUGCACAUACAAGCGUGCGUCCUAUACAUACAAGCGUGCGUCCUGUACAUACAAGCGUGAUUCCUGUACAUCCAAGCGUGCGUCAUGUACAUACAAGCGUGCGUCCUGUACAUAAAAGCGUGCGUCCUGUACAUACAAGCAUGUAUCCUGUACAUACAAGCUUGCGUCCUGUACAUAAAAGCGUGCGUCCUGUACAUACAAGCGCGCGUCCUGUACAUACAAGCGUGCGUCCUGUACAUAAAAGCGUGCGUCCAGUACA